AUGAUGAUUGACGCUGCAUGUCGCCAAUCCUCUUACUUAUUACCACUUUUAACGAAUACAGGUAGUAGUAACAAUAAUAAAAUGAAAAGAAAUACAGUAAAUGACAAUGAAGACAAAUUAACAUUUACGUCUGCAAUUGGAAUGAGAAUAAUUGACCAUACAAAAUUAUUGCCACCACGAAAAAAACUGAAAUUCGGUGUUGACGCAAUUCUUGGCACAAAUUCAGAUAAUGAAUCUUCGUUUGAUGUUGGUAAUGAUUCUGAUGAUGAUUUAAGACAUAAAAUUCGAACUCAUGCUGAAUCACCUAUUUCAUCAAGUUCAUCUGUUUCCUCAAGUGAACCAUGUAUGGCUAAAUCACCUUUCAAAUCACCAUUCCGAACACAUCUCAGUAGUAGUUCACCAUCAUCUGAUCAACAUGCUUUACCAUCAACAGCACUUCUUUCUCAUCCUAUGUAUGGCUCCUCGUCAUCAUAUUCACCAUUCAAUUGUCUGUCAUCAAACAAUAAUCAAAACAACAUCAACAGUAAUAGUAUUACUGGAUCAUCCAGAGAUCAUUGCAAUGAACAACAACAACAACAACAACAACAUCAAAAUCUUCUUCAUGAUCGUCUUCUUUUUCAAAUGGCAGCUAGUAAUAGACAACAACAUCUCUCAUUCGAUGGUCAUCCACCACCACCCAACGGUUUAUGGCGUCCAAAUCUUCGACCUUUUAUUGGUAAUCAACCAGGUAGUUAUUUUGGUAGCAAUGGCUCGUCAUCAUUAAAUUCAUCAACACCUUCAUUAUUAAGUGGUACAGCACCACCAAAUGGACUCUACAUUCCACCUCCUCCAUCCAGCAUAUUUUGGCCGUUAGGUCUUCGUAGUAAACCACGUCGUGGAAUGUUACGACGUGCAGUGUUUUCUGAUCAACAACGUAAGGGCCUUGAAGUAGCUUUUCUUAAACAAAAAUAUAUAAGUAAACCAGAAAGAAAAAAGUUAGCUCAACGACUUGGAUUAAAAGAUUCACAGGUUAAAAUAUGGUUUCAAAAUCGUCGAAUGAAAUGGCGAAAUACAAAAGAGCGUGAAUUACUUACAUCAAGCUCAAAUAAUAAUAAUAAUAAUAAUAAUAAUAACAAUACUAAUACCAACAAUAAUAAUAAGAAUAAUAACAACAAUAAUAAUAAUAAUAAUUUUACUGAUGGUACAGAAUCAACCUCGUCGACAAAAAAUUCAACAAACCAUGAUAAAAAUGAAUUAUGUACUUUAUCAAAUGAUUGUUGUGAUUGUCAACAACAACAAAAUGAAGACACGAUCACCUUUCAUCCAACAUUAAUUGUUAAUAACGAUGAGACCAAUAGUUCUGAUGUUGAUGUCAAUGAUGAUGCAAGAAAAUAA